UCAGCUACAGCGCUGGGGUCAGUGCGUGUGAGACGGGCGGGCAGUGGCAGCGUGCCCUGGCGCUGCUGAGCGAGAUGUGUGCGUGGAAGGUGGAGCCCGACGUUGUCCAUACUCUACUGUGCUGGGAUCGGCGCGUGCGGGAAGGGCGAGCAGUGGCAGUCGGCUCUGUCGCUGCUCCGCGAGAUGUGGGAGGCGAAGCUGGAGCCCGACACCUUCAGCUUCAACGCUGGAAUCAGCGCGUGCGAGAAGGGCGAGCAGUGGCAACGGGCUUUGGCGCUGCUCAGCGAGAUGUGGGACACGAAGCUGGAGCUCAGCUCAGCUACAGCGCUGGGAUCAGCGCGUGCAGGAAGGGUGGGCAGUGGCAGCGGGCGCUGGUGCUUCUCAGCGAGAUGCGGGAGGCGAAGCUGGAGCCCAACGUCAUCAUCUCUACAACGCUGGGAUCAGCGUGUGCGAGAAGGGCGAGCAGUGGCAGCGGGCUCUGGCGCUGCUCCGCGGGAUGCGGGAGGGGAGGCUGA